CCUCCUCUUGCAGUGUGUGUGUGUGUGUGUGCGUGUGGGGCUGUCCCUAUUUAUAUUCCUCGUCCAAUCUGUUUAUAUUUGCUCCCUCCCCACCCCCGGGUGUUUACCUCACUCUUGGUGGGGGGGUCCCUCUCACUCUGCCUUUGCGGUUCCCUCGGUUGGUUUUUCUCCAGUGUGUGUGUGUGUGUAUAUACCCUUGUUGCUGUCUCUGUUUGCCCCGCUGGGAUUGAGAGCCUCUCUCCUCCCUGUGGUGUCAGCACCGCCUUGGCUGCCGCUCGCUGUCUCUCAUUAUUGUUGCUCACCGGUCCUCUGAUCUGCUUUGCUUUUGGCCCAACACAAAUGAAAAUUCUCACUACUGACGUCAUACAGAUACGACCUCUGACCUCCAUUUGACCUCACCGUCGCAGAAGUAAAUUAAAACAAAGCACCGUCAUCUAGUCUUCUUCCUGGACUUACACCGCGUUCACUGGCGUGAACUGGGCUUAAAAACAACCCCCGGCAAUAAAAAUAAUUAAAUUAAAAACAAACCGUCCGCGCUGUGGAUUGUGGGUGAUAUCAAAGAUGGCGCUGCCCGCGUUGCUGGGGAAACGGAGCUGAGCAGAGUCCAGCGAGAAUUGAUCCCGGCUCCUCUCUGUUAAUUUUAUCUGCAAUGCUUCACCUGUGUUUGAGGAGCGGUGUGAAGGCCCGGGGAUUUUUCCCCAUCCGUUCCGUGUAUGCUCGGUCCCGAACCGGCGGGACGAUCACCGAAGACAGCGGCAGGCUCUGUUUGAGCUGGGGUCAGCGAUGUUGGAGACACCCUUUACGUAUGAAGGUCUCAGAAUGCAGUUUCUUCUUCCAGUUGUUGAACGAAUCAGGCAACUGCAUCAGACAGCGAGUGUGUGGCUGGCUGCAGGGCCCAGUGAGGACUCGUAGUGCCUUCCUGUUGGUGGCCACGCCUGGGCUAAUAACCCUAGGACUGAGACUCCAUAGCAACAAAGCUCAUUGUGAAGAGAGCCACAGGUGUGAAGUUCAAAAGCCCAAGCAGGCGAUACCCAAAUUUAACUGGAAGGAGUUUUGGAAGUUCCUUCGUCCUGAACUCACCGCGUUGAUUUGGGCGAUAAUCUUUGCCUGUGGUGCAGCAUUGCUGAAUACUCAGAUCCCGCUGUUGCUGGGAGACCUGAUGAACGCUGUUGUCCAAUGCCUGCAGACGAACCCAGACUGCUACUUCAGGGCCAUGCAGGUGCCAGGUGUAAAAUUAAUGGUUACCUACACUCUGCAGGGUGUCCUGACUUGCUUUUACAUCACUCUCCUGUCCAGAAUCGGCGAGCGAGUUGCUGCCAACCUGAGGAAAGAAUUGUUUGCAACCCUACUCAGGCAGGACGUGGCAUUUUUCGAUGCCACUCGGACGGGCCACAUGGUGAGCCGCUUAACUAACGACAUCCAGGAGUUUAAAUCCUCUUUCAAGCUGGUGGUGUCUCAGGGCCUGAAGAGUGCCGCACAGACAAUUGGCUGCCUGGUGUCCCUCUACUUUGUUUCGCCAAAGCUAACGAAUCUGAUGUGCAUGGUAAUGCCAGUCCUGAUUGGAACUGGAGCAUAUUUGGGCUCAUACCUUCGGGAGCUAUCCCAAAAGGCACAGGAACAGAUUGCCAAGGCAACAUGUGUGGCGGAUGAAGCACUGGGAAACGUACGGACAGUGAAGGCAUUUGCAAUGGAAGACUUGGAAAUUGAGUUUUUCUCAGGGGAGGUGGAUAAAUCCAGCAACCUGAACCAGUUUCUGGGGUUCGGAAUCGGCAUCUUCCAGGGAUUAUCCAACUUUACAUUGAACUGUAUAGUUCUGGGCACCAUCUGUGUUAGCGGAUUGUUGCUGGCAAAGGAACAGCUCCGCCCUGGUGAUAUGAUGUCCUUCCUCGUGGCCACACAGACUGUGCAGAGGUCUUUGGCGAAUAUCUCCACCACCUUUGGACAGGUUAUUCGUGGGAUGAGCUCUGGAAGCCGAGUAUUUGAGUUCAUGACGCUGGAACCAUUAAUUCCUGUAAAAGGGGGCCUCCAGAUCCCAUUGCAAGCCCUGGCUGGGUCGGUGCAGUUCAACAAUAUUACCUUCAGCUACCCCACCAGACCUGGUCAUAUUGUACUGCACAACUUCAAUCUCACCCUGCCAGCCUCUAAAAUGGUGGCUAUUGUGGGACAAUCCGGAACAGGCAAGUCAACGGUAGCAUCUCUGCUGGAAAGGUUUUAUGACCCAGACAGCGGAGUUAUCACUUUAGACGGAUACAACAUCGGGACCCUGGAUCCACAUUGGCUCCGCAGUCACGUCAUCGGAUACAUUAGCCAGGAACCUGUGCUUUUUGGCACUACCAUCAAGGAAAAUAUUCGAUUUGGAAAGCCAGAUGCCUCGGAUGAGGAGAUUUAUGAGGCAGCCCGGCAGGCAAAUGCGGACGGCUUCAUCCAGAGCUUUCCGAAUGGAUACAUGACCAUUGUGGGUGAGCGGGGAAUUGCUCUCUCCGGGGGACAGAAGCAGCGAAUUGCUAUUGCCCGUGCCCUGAUUAAAAAUCCCUGCAUCCUGGUCCUGGAUGAGGCCACAAGUGCACUGGACGCGGAAUCGGAGAGAGUGGUACAGGAUGCACUGGACCAUAUACAGAAAGGGCGUACGGUGCUGGUCAUUGCGCACAGGUUGAGCACAAUCAAGGCAGCCGAUAUCAUCUGUGUCCUCGCUAACGGCCACGUGAAGGAGGUGGGGACCCAUGCCGAACUGUUGAAAAGAGGAGGACUGUAUGCAGAACUGGUCCGCAGACAAACCAGUGAGGAGUCCACCAUGUGAGAGAGCAGGAAAGUAAGCGAUGGAGAGUGAGCAGAUUAGAUUCCAGGCAUUUAUGCACCUUUGAACACCUUCAUUCAAACAUAAGAUGGAAAGACUCAACUAAGAAAGAAAAAAGCUUUGGGUUCAAUGAUUCCUCCGCCUCCUGUAGUUCUGACAGCCAGGCAUUGGGCACUGAGAUUUCAUCAGGUUGGAAUGGGUGUGGGGAGGGACGGAUUCCUUCAUACUAUCCAUUGAAACUGUGAAAGACAUACAAUUCUAGAUUCUGUACCUGCCUAAUGGGGCUGUUCCUGUAGAGAAUUUGGUGCACUGCAUAACACUGGGGUACAGUACUUGUGGGGACAGGUGUGUCACUGUAUAACACUGGGGUACAGUACUGGUGGGGACAGGUCUGUCACUGUAUAACACUGGGGUACAGCACUGGUGGGGACAGG